CUGGCUGCCCCUCACUCAUGACCUACUGGCUGUCCCUGCCCUACCAGCUUCCCUGACCUACUAGCUGUCUCUGACCCCUGACCUGCUGACUGCCUCUGACCCCUGACCUACUAGCCCCAAUAUACCAGGUGAUCUGCCUGAUUGCUCUUUGUUUAUUUUGCAGAUUGCUAUGAGAAGAUGCCGGAUGCUGCUGGUCAGAGGAGGCUGUGUAGCUCAACAGUGUGUCCCCCAAUGGAGAUCAGUUGCACCCAGGAUGAAAUUAGGCUUUUACGCAGGUUGUACAGGAAGCAGCUGGAAGCUGCUGGGUUGCAGGUAGAGUUUUGUGAUGCCGAGAAUCCUGUGAUACUGAUCAAAAAGGUGCCAGCCUGUUUUAUAGAAAAAGAAGCCAAUGAAGUUCGAAGAGGACGGCAUCCGGUCACUCAGACCAUCCUGAAGGAGUUCCUUCAGGAACAGAUUGAGAUGUUUCAGUCAACUGGAGGGUUCCAAGGUGUGCUGUCACGGACAGUGCUGAAGGUAUUGUCCUCACAGGCCUGUCAUGGUGCUGUGAAAUUUGGUGAUGUACUCAAUGUGGAAGAAUGUAAAAGCCUCAUGGACUCACUUGCUGGCUGUGACCUGCCCUUUCAGUGUGCUCAUGGAAGACCCUCCAUACUACCCCUGGUGGAUCUGGAUCACCUGGUGGUGGAAAAAGAGGUUCAUCGUAGACCAAACUUACAGAAGCUGCAGCAGUUAAACAAGACCAGGUUCAACAGUGGAAGCAUUUAAUUGGCUGUGGCAACAGUCCAGACCUCUUAGCGGAUGGAAUUUUACCUGAGGCUUUUUGUAAUGACCAGUGCUCCACCAUCACUUACUCAUCGCCUGCACUCAGUUUCCUGGUGGUACCUGAUAUGAAAUGGAUAGAGUGCCAUCUACUCACAACUGGCAUUGCGCAUCUUCUGCCUGAUAGACUGUGUGGGAAAUAGCAGCGUAGUUUAUUUGAGUAUUUGACAUCAGGCUUUACCAUGUGGAAUAUCAUGAACUAUGGCCACUUUCACUUUCAAUGGUACCUGGGAGCAGGACUCCCCUUUGUGUCUGGGAACUGUCAGCUGCUGUCACAGCAAGCCAUUGUCUUAUGCAUGUUCCACUACUACUACUUAUUUAUUGAAUAAAUAGUUUGUUAAUAUAAAGAA